AUGGCAGGUGGGGGUUUUACAACAAAUGAUGUGGGGAAGGAAAGGGCAGAUCUUUAUAAAGGGAGAGUUACUCCUUAUGUUAUCAUUGCUUGCAUUGUUGCUGCUAUUGGAGGAUCUUUAUUUGGAUAUGAUAUUGGAAUUUCAGGUGGGGUGACUUCCAUGGAUGACUUCCUUGAAGAAUUCUUCCCAGAAGUAUACAUGCAAAAAAAGCAUGCACAUGAAAAUAACUACUGCAAAUACGACAGUCAGAGUCUUGCGGCCUUUACUUCUUCUCUUUACAUCGCUGGUUUAGUUGCAUCUCUGUUUGCAUCUCCUAUUACAAGAAAGUAUGGACGUCGGAUUAGUAUCAUCGCUGGUGGUGUCAGCUUUCUGAUUGGAUCAAUUCUGAAUGCUGCAGCCGUUAGCCUAGCAAUGCUGAUACUCGGCCGCGUUAUGCUCGGCAUUGGCAUCGGAUUUGGAAAUCAGGCAAUUCCGCUUUAUUUAUCAGAGAUGGCACCAACACACCUGCGAGGAGGAUUGAACAUGAUGUUUCAAGUGGCGACAACUCUUGGGAUUUUUGCAGCCAACAUGGUGAAUUUCGGAACACAGAAUAUUAGACCUUGGGGAUGGAGGCUGUCCUUAGGCUUGGCUGCAGUACCGGCUCUUUUGAUGAUGAUAGGAGGAAUAUUUCUUCCCGAUACUCCAAAUAGCUUAAUAGAACGUGGAUUGAAAGAAGAAGGAAGGAAACUCCUAGAGAAAAUCAGAGGAACUGCCGAGGUUGACGCAGAGUUUCAAGAUAUGGUCGAGGCAAGUGAGUUGGCGAACUCGAUAAAGCAUCCGUUUCGUAACAUCCUUGAGAAAAGGUAUAGACCGGAGUUGGUUAUGGCAAUUAUCAUGCCAACUUCACAGAUCAUGACUGGCAUAAAUUCCAUUCUCUUUUAUGCUCCAGUGCUGUUCCAAAGCAUGGGAUUCGGCAGCCAUGCUUCCCUCUACUCCUCAGCUUUGACCGGCGGCGUUCUUGCUUGCUCUACAUUUGUUUCCAUUGCAACAGUUGAUAGAUUGGGAAGGAGAGUUCUUCUCAUCAGCGGUGGAAUACAAAUGAUCAUAUGCCAGACUAUAGUUGCAAUAAUUCUAGGGAUCAAGUUUGGGGAAAACCAGGCAAUGUCGAGAGUCUAUUCGAUAUUGGUAGUAAUUGUGAUUUGCCUCUUCGUUGUAGCAUUUGGAUGGUCAUGGGGCCCCCUUGGAUGGACAAUUCCAAGUGAGAUAUUCCCGUUGGAAAUCCGUUCAGCAGGGCAGAGUAUCACAGUUGCUGUAAACCUUCUGUUUACUUUCAUAAUUGCACAAGCAUUCCUUGCUCUUCUCUGCGCAUUGAAAUUUGGGAUCUUUCUCUUUUUCGCCUGCUGGAUUGUCAUCAUGACCGUAUUUGUUAUGCUGUUCUUGCCUGAAACCAAAGGUAUUCCCAUUGAAGAGAUGGCAUAUAUGUGGCAGAAGCAUUGGUUCUGGAAACUGAUACUACCUCAAAACGAGCUGUAA